AUGAAGAUGAAAAAAAUAACAUUAUUUGUUUUCUUUUAUUUUAUGACUGCUAAAUUAUGCCAGUUUGAAAAAUCAUUAUUUAAUUAUUUAGGGGAAGUAUCUUUUAUAGAGCCCUUUGAACAUUUGUUUGAAAAAUGUCUUGAAAUUCCUAAUACUAUUUGUUUAGGAGGCACUGGUACUAUUAUUACACCUCAUAGUUUUCAUAAAGGGUUGAUAGGAAAAUGGACAUUUGAUGAUAUGUAUGCUAUUGACUAUAGUUCAUAUAAUAAUCAUAUGCACAAGUAUAUACGACCAGGUCCUGGUUUCAAUGGGCAUGGUUAUAGUGGAGCCUUCAUUGGAGACGUUUCUGGUUUUGUUCCUUCUAGUGAUAGUUUAAAAACAACUGAAUUUACCAUAGUUUUUUGGAUAUAUUUGUUAGAAAGAUCAACUAGUCAUUUUCGCAACAUCAUUUCACAAAUAGAUAAAGAGAAGGAUACAAAGAUAGCAAUAUUACUACAUGCACAUAUAACUAAAUUAUCCGUUCGCGUACUUGGAUUUGAUAAUUAUAAUGAGGGAUUGUCAUCCUUUGGAUAUAUUCCUUUAAGAAGAUGGACAAAUGUUAUAAUAACAUUGAAUAAUAAAGAGAUAGCAAUAUAUAUAAACGGAAUUUUUGAUAAUUCAGUGUUCUUAAAAAGUAAAGUUGUUGAAAAAUCAGGUGAUUUAACAGUUGGAAAAAAUAUGAAUUAUUCAGGAUUUAAUGGAUAUUUAGAUGAAUUAUAUUUUUACAAUACAAGUUUAUCAAUUUCAGAAAUAAAAUCAUUUUCAUUACCAAGUGUGACUGGAAUAUAUGAUACAGAUUAUGUAUAUGUAGGAAAUUAUAAUUGUAAUUAUAAUACAGCUAUUAGUAGUAAUUUGUGUAAAAAAAAUUAUCGCUUAUGUUCAUUAAAUGAUUUAUAUAAUGGAGGAGCUAUUCAUUAUGCAAGGAUAAAUGGCAUCCUCAUUGAAAAAUCAAACUUAUGGACUUGGGAUAUAUCAGAAACAUCAUUUGAAAAAGAUGAAAAGAGAAUUGCUUUAUGUUGUAAAACAUAUGAAGAGUGA